AUGGGGGCUCUCACUGUGGUGGGGUAUGUCUUCUACAGAUUCUCCCAAACUCUCCCCGCUCUGAUCAGAUGGCCGAUCCGCCUCUUCUGCUCUUUAACUGGUCUGUCCACUCUCUGGGGCUGGGUCACUCGUCUCGUUGGAACUCUCCGAAUCAUCAAGACUCUAUACAAAUGGAUGUCGCAGUUAUGGCACUUUCUAGUCCGGAUUUCCUCCAAAUUCGGCUGGAUCUCACGCAUCACAGGCACAUCUGACGACGACCUGUCAGAGCUUCACGCUCUCCGGAUCGUGCUCCUCAGACCGGCGGACGGGCGAGCGAGCGGCCUGGCUGACUUCCUGCUGGGUCCUGUGCCCUCAACAACAACAACAACAGACUCUGCCCCAGAUCCACACUUAUUACAAACCUCCAAACGCACCAUCGCUCUGAGCUCGGGCGAGAUCACCGUCGUCGACACCCCGGCUCUCCCAGGCCUCACCCUGGACGAGGGGAGCAGGGCCCGCCAAGCUCUGAGGGGCCUCCAGCUCAGCAGCCCUGGUCCUCACGCCUUCAUAGUUGAGACCCCCAUCGCCACCACAGACCUGCACCAAGACCUGAACCGCCUCGCCCAGGCCUCCGCCGACGUCUACGGCAGCGAACUCACCGACUUCAUGAUUCCUGUGGUCACCCAUAAGCACAGUCUGAGCCGGCGGAGGAUAGAGGACCUGCUCCACGCUCAGCCGGGGAGCCACAGACGGGGGCCCCUGCUCUGUCCACACAGACCGGAGGCCGUGAACGUUAGCAUGGAACGCACGGCGGACGAUGUGAACGCGGCGCGGGUCGGUUUGCUGAAGCGCGUUCUGCAGAUGAAGAAGACGAAGGGCUGUUUUAUCCACGAGUUGCAGAGGAGAGAGGAGCGAGCCAGAGAGGAGCUGCUGGACGCCAUGGCGACUGAGCUGGCGGCGAAACUCAGACACUGCACUGACUGA